GUCAUAUGCAGGUAUUUUAUUAAGUUAGGUACCAACCUGUUAUUUCGUCACCAACUUGGUGUUCUAUAAGGUAAACGGCGAUGUCGAUAGCCGUCAGCAAAGUUGUCCCUCAAGGUUGAGGGAUUGAGCUCAAAAAUUAUGACGAUUAAAGAAAUAGUGGUGGCAUGUACAUGACGUCAUACAAGCCGAGCUUUAACAAUUAAGGCGGAUCUGCCCGUCGCAUGUCGCUCACCCGACAGAGGCACCUAACCUAGGUACCUAGCUUACCUCAGGUAUAUUUUCGUAAAGAUGUUUUGAAUUUCACACAAGUUCCACAUAUGCCUUCUUCAACAAACUUCAUCUCCACAUUUAAACUCCAAAUAUCCACCGCCUAAGAAACAAAAAUGUCUAACACAUCUUCACCCAGCCCUCAAACAAUGAGGGCUUGGAUCUACAACUCGACGAACGGCGGAAUUGAGAAGAACAUCCAAUUGGUCCAAGAUGCGCCCGUACCGUUUCUCUCGCCGCUCCCAAAGGAUAGCAUCGUCGUCAAGGUGCACUACAGCUCCCUCAAUCCGGCCGACUACAAGUUUCCCGAGCUGGGCUUACCCAUGAGAGCCUUGAUACCCACCCCUGCGUCGCCUGGUAUGGACUAUGCCGGAGUUGUCGCCCAGACGGGAAACGCUGUCAGCGCUUUCCACGUAGGUGAUGAGGUAUUCGGCAGGAUCGCGCCCAACAGAUAUGGCACCCUAGGCGAAUAUAUAUGCACGAAACUCGACGGGUGUGCACUCGUGCCCGAAGGCGUGUCCCUCGAAGACGCAAGCUGUAUCGGCACAGCGGGGCAGACGGCCUAUCAAUGCAUCGCGCCGAACGUUGAGGAGGGGGACAAGGUCUUCAUCAACGGCGGCAGCGGAGGAACAGGCACAUUCGGAAUCCAGAUCGCCAAGGCCUUGGGCUGCCAUGUGACGACGAGUUGCUCGGGUAAGAAUGUAGAGCUGUGCCGCAGCCUCGGAGCAGACGAGGUCAUCGAUUACACGAAAGAGAACGUCAGCGAAGUGUUAAAGGCGAAGGGCCAGAUAUAUAAGUUGGUUGUCGACAACGUCGGCACGCCGUUGGAUCUGUACAAGGCUUCCGAUCACUUCCUGCUCCCGGAGGGCAAGUUCGUGCAAAUUGGAGGCGAAUUUUCAGUCAGCAAUAUCACCAAUAUUAUGUCGAGGCAGUUCCUGCCCUCCUUUCUAGGCGGCGGUAAGAGGAAUUGGAAGUACCUUGUUACGAAUAACUCGCACGACGAUCUUGAGCAGAUUGCGAAAUGGAUGAAGGAAGGAAAAGUUAAGGCCGUUAUCGACGAAGUUUUUGAGUAUGAAGACGCGCCGAAAGCUUUCGAAAAGCUGAGGAAGGGACGUACCAGGGGAAAGAUUGUAAUCAAACAUCCGAAAUAGGCGCCUGAGUUUGGGAUUUUAUGGGUUGACUUCGGUCGUUUAUAGCAAAUUGCAGGCUUCUUAGGGCGUUACAACUAAUCUCACUGGGAGGAGUAUCGAUAUUCAUAUGUAUUUAACCUUA